CUCGCUCUCUCUCUCUCUCUCUCUCUCUCUCUCUCUCUCUCGCUCUCUCUCUCUCUCUCGUUAAAGAGAAGGUAAUAGUCUCUUUCACUUCUGACUGACUCACACCGACUCACAGUACCUGUCGCUUCAGUCCUAUACCAACAAAAAGGCAAAGAUUUGGCAUGAGUGAGGAGACCAGAGUGAGAGCAUAGCUGUUCAGCCAGGUGAACGGGAGAAGAGGAGCAAUAGAGAUAUCACCAGUCAAGCAUUCACACUCCUACAGGGAAGAUGAUGGGAGAAGCUGAAGAUGAUAAGAAGGCAGGACAGCUGUUUGAGAACUUUGUCCAGGCCUCUGACUGUAAGAGCACCCUACAGGCCUUCAACAUCAUGUGCAGUUACCUGGAGCUGGAUCCUCUGGAGCACAGCACCUUCUACAGCAGUCUGAAGAGCAUGGUGACCUGCUGGAAGGCCAAAGCACUUUGGAGCAAGCUGGACAAGAGAGCCAGCCACAAAGAGUAUAAAAAAGGCAAAGCCUGUGAGGGCACUAAGUGCUUGAUAAUUGGAGGGGGCCCCUGUGGCUUGCGGACUGCGAUCGAGUUGGCUCUCCUCGGAGCCAAAGUGGUGGUGAUAGAGAAGAGAGAUACAUUCUCAAGGAACAACGUCUUGCAUCUGUGGCCCUACACGAUUCAUGACCUCAGGGGUUUGGGAGCCAAGAAGUUCUACGGCAAGUUCUGCGCUGGAGCGAUAGACCAUAUCAGCAUUCGGCAGCUCCAGCUCAUGCUCCUGAAAAUCGCUCUAGUUCUCGGUGUGGAGUUUCAUGUUAAUGUGGAAUUCGUUAAGCUGGUGGAACCUCCAGAGGACCAAGAGAAUGAGGGGCCGGGGUGGAGGGUAGAGAUCCGGCCUGCCGAUCAUCCUGUGGCUGACUUUGACUUUGAUGUGGUGGUGGGAGCUGAUGGUAGACGAAACUCUUUAGAAGGGUUCGGGAGGAAGGAAUUUCGUGGCAAACUGGCCAUUGCCAUAACGGCAAACUUCAUCAACAGAAACACCACAGCUGAGGCAAAGGUUGAGGAGAUAAGUGGAGUCGCCUUCAUCUUCAAUCAGAAAUUCUUUCAGGAUCUCAAACAGAAGACUGGCAUUGAUCUAGAGAACAUUGUAUACUACAAAGACAACACACACUACUUUGUCAUGACAGCUAAGAAGCAGAGCCUGCUGGACAAAGGUGUCAUCGUUCAUGAUUAUAUAGACACUGAAGCACUGCUGAACAAUGAGAAUGUGAACCAAGAGGCUUUGUUGGCAUAUGCUCAAGAGGCUGCUGACUACGCCACCCACUACCAGCUGCCGACACUGGACUAUGCCAUGAACCACUGCGGUCAGCCUGAUGUGGCCAUGUUCGAUUUCACGAGCAUGUACGCGUCAGAGAAUGCUGCUCUGGUCAGAGAGAGGUUUGGGCGUAAUUUACUGGUGGCACUAGUGGGAGACAGCCUUCUAGAGCCCUUCUGGCCUAUGGGAACAGGCUGUGCCCGCGGCUUUUUGGCUGCUUUUGACACAGCUUGGAUGGUGAAACGUUGGGCACAGGGUGGAAGUCCACUCGAGGUACUAGCGGAGAGAGAGAGCUUGUACCGAUUGCUACCUCAGACAACACCUGAAAACAUUGCCAAAAACUUCGAUUUGUACACCAUAGAUCCAGGAACACGCUAUCCAAACCUCAACUCUAACUGUGUGAGGCCACACCAGGUCCGUAACAACUAUAUCUGUGGAGAGAUGAAGUUGUGCUCUCUGGAACGAGCCGCCACUAUACGCCGCCCUGUUAACUUGGCCAGGCGAGAGUCUGAGAUCAGGCCCAGUCGGUUACUGACAUGGUGUCAAAAUCAGACGGCGGGCUACAGGGAUGUGAAUGUGACCGACCUCACUUCCUGUUGGAGCAGUGGCCUAGCUCUCUGCGCUCUCAUUCAUCACUUUAGACCUCAAUUCAUUGAUUACGACUCUCUGAAUGAGCAAGACUGUGCCAAAAAUCUGCAGCUGGCAUUUGACAUAGCAGAGAAGGAGUUUGGCAUCAAGCCUUUCGUCACGGGGAAAGAAAUGAUGUCAGGUCAGGAGCCAGACAAGACCAGCAUGGUGAACUACCUCUCCAAGUUCUACGAGCUCUUCCGAGGAACGCCUCUACCUCCCUCAGUAGAUUCAAAGGGAGAGGGAGAUGCAAAUACAGAGAAAUGUCAAUCAAAUUCUGCCAGACCUGUUUACAAGUCACUGAGUUCACUUCAGCCUCGAAAACGCAUACCCAAGAAUGAUAAAAAGGUUGAAGACAGUGAUGCCAUAUUCAAAAGAAGACGGAAAUUUUGUUACUUAGAAGAGACUACCAAAUCCACAAAUCAGAGUUCUUCUAUAGACAACAAAGUGCUUGAACUGAAGGAAAACAAGGUCAAAUUUAUGGCCACUCAACUACUGGCAAAAUUUGAAGACAGCACAGCAAGUUGCUCUCUUCGUAGGCAGUCUAAUUCUAAUGACGAGAGGCCUUCGAGACCUCCAUCACUCGAUAUGACUGACAGCCCUCUUUUUAACAUUAUCAAGAAGAAAAUUCCUCCACCCCCACCCCCUAAAAAACAGUUUCCAACCAUUCACUGUGUACAACACAGCGAGGAGUGCUCGCUUCCUCUCUUCCCCUCGCUUCAUUCCAGUCCUAUGAAUCCACGGAGGAAACCAAACCACCCUCCCCACACACACACACACUCUCAGUUAGUGGCAGAGAACACAGCCACUUCAGGGUCAGGAUAUGCUGCUACCGGUCACUCAGCAGUGUUGGCCAUGAAAGCAAUGCUUCAGCGCCUCCAGAGGGUGGAAGAUAAGAUUAGCCAGAGGAAAGCCCAGACUCAAAAUGCCAGAGAGUUUAAUAAAAAAAGCAUAAAGGAGAAAGCUGUCCAUUUGAGCACUCUGUUCUCUGCUGAGGCUGCCUCUUCACAUCAGUCUGACUCCUCUACUCUCCAUUCCCCUCAUUCCACUCCUUCACAUCCUCUCCCACAAUACACUGCUACUUCCUGUCCUCCUCUCAUUUCCUCCUGUCCAUCUGUGCUGUUGCAGCAGGUAAAGACAACUCAAACUUGUAUUCUCAAAAUCACUGCUAUUCCUAAUGCCAUUGCAUCUUUCCUUUUCUCCUUUUCCCAUCUGUUUGAUUUGGUUAAGGUGACUAGACCCAAGUCCUUACAUGAGCAACUUUAUAAAAAGGAGGUAGAAAGAGAAACAUUGCAUGAAACCCAUCUGUUAAGUAGUGGCAGAAUGUCUCAUUUUAGCCAUAAGGAAGAACUGGAGAUUCCUCCGUCAAAGGAAGACAGAAACCUUAAAGUCCACAAUAAGACCAGUUCUUCUGCUGUUCAUCAUUCUAACUCAAUAAUAUUUCAGCCCAUCCCAGAAUACACGGCUCCUCUCCAUCUUUCCUUUACUUUCUUAUCUGCUUCCCCUUUAAGCUGUAAAGCAAAGCCAGAAACACAACUUUAUGCCAUAGACAGGCAAGAAGAGGCAAAGGGUAACUCACAAAUGUCCAACAUCAGCAGCAGUACAACUUCCUUUACUCUAAGAAAACAAACAGAAAUUCCUCAAUCAAAUGAAGAUGCAAACACUCCCAAGCAGGUAUAUGAUCAUCGUACAGUAGGGAAAGUGUCUCUGGUAGUGGGCGCUAGAGCUGACACUCUGGUCAACCUCUAUGAAAAUGAUCACAGGCCCAAGACAAACACCCCAGACUCUCCGCCUUCCCUGAAAAAGGAGUUUCCUCGGAGUCUUGCGGAUGUCUGUCAUGCCUGUAAGAAGCGGGUGUUUCUAGUGGAGAAGCUCAGUGCAGAGGGACUCCACUUCCAUAGAGAAUGUUUCCACUGUGAUACCUGCCGAGCUCCAUUACGUCAAGGAGGACAUUUUUUUGACUCAGAAGAAGGAAAGUUGUAUUGUAAACUCCACUUUGCUCAGCGGAAAUCCCUAGUGAAGAAUGGAAAGAUACCAAAUCCACAUACGACGUGUGAUGACGGAGUUCACGACAGCCCUAGCUGGACUCCAGAGGAGCAUGAGCACUUUCUCCAGAGCGAGUCUCCAGGUAUCCUGUCCUCGCUGCUGAAGAGAAGCCUGCGCUGGCCGCUGCACGUGAGCCAGUCUGUGUGUGCUGUGCCACGGCGUGUGUGUAACUGGCUGCAUGGUAAACUGUGGGCCGCGGGGCGCCACCUAAGAGAUAACGCAGAGGAUUACGCCUACCUAUACGAGCUGCUCAGCGUGAGUCUGCCUUUGCUCGGAGUUCUCCAUGAACUGCUGCUCCAAAUGUACGCAGAUGCCGAACACCUCGACAUGCAGCCUCUACUGCACUGGAUGGAAGAGCACCUGGGCCACUGGGUUUUAGUGUAGGAGAAACUUCAGGCCAACGUCACAUUAUGUCCCUUUGAAAGGGUUAAUGUGUAUACAGCAUUGCCUUUGUCCUUUAAGGCAAAAUGUAUGGCUGUGGCCAGCUGUAUCUACAGCUUUUGAACAUUUACAGACCUGAAAGACACAGAUAGCAAUAGCUUAACAAAGAAGGAAGCAGAAUUCUUGAACUUUUCUGGAACAAAAAGGAGUGAACUUCAGAUAACGGCACAUUCACUUAUACAAAGAGAAUAGAAAUUAAACAGCUUUACUUAUACAACUUGUACAAACAAGAUGUACAAAUUACCAAAGCCUUUCUCAGGUUACAGAGGUCAUGAUCAUUUUUAAAAAGAGUGUGAAACAAAAACUGAACUUUAAGCACUUUAAUGAGCAGGCUGUCUUCAUAUGCACAAUUACGAUUGACUGAUCAAGCUGCAAACAUGUCUCGUCUACUCUGUUAUCCAUUUGCGAACAUUGAAGCCACAUUCUCCUUAAAUGUUUACACUUUCAAGGAAAAUUACACAGCCUUUAAGGAAUUUUGUGCUCUUUCACCAUGGCUGCGUCUGGAAGCGGAAAAAUGCUGCCUUCAAGGCUGUUUACGGGAAAGAAAUGCAUCAAAGCACAUUCGAAUUCAAUGCUUGCGUAACAUCUGCCUACUAAAAUGCCUUCAUCUAGUCAGAUUUUGAAGGCAGCAUAAAUAUCUCAAAAUCCUGCUUGUGCAAUUCGCUGGUUGGUUGAAAGGAUAAACAUGGUGUCUGAAGCUGUUUAAAGCAGCAAUUAGUUUAUAAAUGUUUUUUUUUAACAUCUACCGAGAAGUCAAUGACUGACUGGGCAGUCAGGCAGCAAGGCAACUGCCUUAAAGGAAUAUUCUGGAUUCAAUGCAAGUUAAGCUCAGUCGACAGCAUUUGUGGCAUAAUGAUGAUUACCACAAAAAUUAAUUUUUACUCUUCCCUCCUUUUCUUUAAAAAAAAGCAAAAAUCUGGGUUACAAUGAGGCACAUAAAAUGUGGGGGCACAGUGCGCGGGGCGCAAACUCUGUCAUCAGCACAGUACGGGCCGACUGUCCGCAUGCAGUCCAGUCCUGAUGACGAAAUUUGCAUCUCUGUGCAUGAAACGUAGCGGCACACGGAAAAUAAAAGUAUACUUUGGCCUUUAGCUUUUAGCCAUGUCCUAGCCAAGCGAGAUGUGACAAGUUUCAACAGAAUCACAGCCAAUCAAAUAAUAUUUUUUUUAUAAUAUACAGCUAUGUUGAGCAGGUAUUUGGACCGAUGAGAUAUUGCAGUUAGCGGUCCUACCCAGCGCAACAGCUGCAAAAUAAAAACCAAGUGACCCACAACAUGUCUUGCCAUUGUUGCUCGUUCCAGCUGGUUAGAACAAAAAUCGAAAAGAUCGUUUUAUCACUUGUCGCUUUAUCAUGUCGCACCUGGUUAGGGCACAGUGAUAUCUGUAUGAUGUAUAUUGUAACGAAAAACAAUUUAUUCCUCAUACUUUCUACUCAGGUGUAGUUUUACAUUGUUCUCUUUGAGAGCCAUAGAACUUCUACGUGGCCUUAAUCUGUAGUCUAAAUCAGGUCCUCGGAACCAUCUAUAUGCUAGUACAGAUUUGUGUCACAUAACAUGUAGAUGUCAACAGCCACUGAUGAACUAAUGCACAAUGCAUCACAUGCAAAACGCAGAAACUACAUUGAACCAAUAUUGAAACUGAAAAAAAAAUGGCUUGCCUUAAUUGGUUUUUUGUGUGAAUUUUAUAGUUACUGCCAUUUUCACACUCUGUCUUCACUAAAUAUGAGUAUUGUUGAGCUAAACCAUCUGUCACAAGACAGAUCAUAGUCUAAGAGACUCACUUUUGACAAAAUUUGUAUUUACUGUGUUUUUCCUUUGCACAGUAGUUCAGUAGUUAGUGAGCAAACCAGCGAUACUAAUAAAAGAGCUUUGUUGGACUAUAAAUAUGAAUAGUGCGGAACACAUAAACACUACUUUGCAGUUUUGCAUGUGCGUUCCCUUUUAUUUGGUUCACUUGGCCAUAACUGUGUUUUCUUUUGAUGUCGUUUGCUACCUAUAAUGUGCUGCCUGAGGGCCGGGUAAUACUGUACUUGCAUUUUACAGUUGCUAAGUGCAUUUAAAAUGCACUGAUUGUUUUUCCCAAUAAGAACAUGAGAAUUAUUAAUAAUGUACAGUGCUAGAUACAGUACAUCCAGAUGGUUUUAUACAUCAUUUUUCAUUUUUUUUAAUGACACUGGAACACAUCCUGCUCCGAAUUACUGAUUCUAUUUAAUGGUAUGAAUGAGGAUUGCAAAUUGUUCAUCAAAUGGCAUGCAUGAAAAUAAAUGCACAGCAUGUCAGCAUACAUUUUCCUGCAUUAGCAGCUCCUGUUUCAGAACACUUUGUUUACAGGCUGCAUUGUGAUGUUUUUGAUUCACUUUUUUGCUCUUUACAUUUAUAUUCUCCUUUCUUAUUCACCCAUAGUCCUUUUCAACCCAUCCACUGUCUCCACCUGACUUGCUCUGAGCCAUGAUGAUUGGAAGGUGAUCAUCUGCAUGCUUGCACUUGCUGUACACUUUGGCAAAGAACAACAUGGCUUUGCUGGUCCACAAGCUAGACCAGCAUUAAGCAGCAUAAACCAGCCUUGUCUUAACUGGUUGUUUCUGCAGGGUAGUCUCUUUCAACUUCUGUGGCCUUGCACUUUUAUAUGCCACGUGUGGACUUCCACUCAAGUGUUUCACAGCUGUGGAAAUGCACGGUGCAUGACACUAACUGCCUUAUGCUAUUAUCUGCAUGUCACGAAUGACAUGUUUCUCUUUUCUUUCUUCAAGCCCUGCUAAUCAUUUGCUCAUGCAAUUUCUUCCUUUUCUUCCUUUCUGUUUCAGUGGUGGCUUACAUUUCAGAAUCCGACACGAAGGCGCCUCUGUGCCUUUAUGAAUACAGGGGUCAUUAGUACCAUAGAUGACUGUCAUUUACAGUAGCACCUUUCAGUAGACAUGUUGUUUGAUGAGAUUUUUGCUGUAUAUUUUCAAUCCGAAAAAAGCAUUUUUGCCUAAUUUAUGUUAAGCCAUGCUCACACAAUAAAAAAGUUUUUGGAAAUAA